ACAAGACUGAUACCUUGCCUCCCCUUUUCCUUUGUAUCAACUGGUCGGGGUUCAGGCUAUUGUUGCAGGAGGGCUCUUUUAUUUCUGUGCACACACUGUCGAUCAGCGAAAUCUCACGAUAGCCUCCCUGUGAAACCGACUGCCGUUUUUUCGGUUCAGAUACAGUCUGUUUGGAGAGGAGAGAGCAACCCAUGAGCACCAACGAGGCGAACGCAUGCUGUUGCCGCCGAGUCGGCUUUAACAGAUGACCAGGGCUUUCCUCUCAAACAUAUUAAAGAGAGGACAGAGGGAUACAUAAAGUUGUUUCUUUUUCCCCCCUUCUUUUUACUGGAUCACUGCUUUGCGCCACUGACAAAUGAGACUUCUUUAAUGGGACCCCGAGUGCCAGCUCUUUCUAUUCCAGCGAGCUUUUGCCGAUAUCCCGCCAUGCCACAAUGGAUAUAAUUCUGCUCUGGUUGUUACUGAGCUUCUUGGAUCCGAGUUCGCAGGAAUCUCUAGCUCCGAGGCUGACCAGGACCCCAAGGGCGCCUUGUGCCAGGGGCCAGGCGUGUGACCCAAGGCAGCGGCGAGAUGCUGGCGGACGCGGCGGGGUUUACGAGCACCUCGGGGGAGCUCCAAGACGCAGAAAACUUUACUGCGCCACGAAAUAUCACUUGCAGAUUCACCCAAACGGAAAAAUAGACGGAUCUCUGGAUGAAAAUAAUCCAUUCAGCAUACUCGAGAUCACAGCUGUGGAUGUUGGUGUGGUGGCGAUCAAGGGCCUUUUUUCAGAAAGAUACCUGGCUAUGAAUGAGAAAGGACGUCUGUAUGCUUCGGAAGUCUUCAACCGAGAGUGUGAGUUUCUGGAGCGCAUUCAUGAGCUAGGCUAUAACACCUAUGCAUCGCGGCACCAUGCAACCACCCAGCCACCCCAAGCAGGGUCCGGUCCAGGGGGUGGCAAGCGCCGUGCCAGUUCUAAGAGGCAGUGGUACGUGUCCAUUAAUGGAAAGGGUCGGCCCAGGAGGGGCUUUAAGACACGGAGCACAGACAAAGCUUCCCUCUUUCUGCCCCGUGUUCUGGGCAACAAGGACCACGAGAUGGUUCGCAAGCUCAGAGAGAGCCAGCGACAUCAGACAGGUGCUCACAAAGUCCCUGUGGGUCGAGCAGAGCGCAGAAGACGGCGACACAGGGGCUCCAAAGGCCACAGAAGGGCUGACAUUUAACACUCUCUUCACACAGAUGGAGAAGAGAUCCAAAGCCACUGCAAGAAUUAGAACUGAGAGUCAAACAGACCAAAAGAGUCACGGAAUGCCUUGGGAGAGGACUAUUUCCAAGAAAACCUUUUGGGGAAUUAUGCUACAACAUUUGGCAUAGGGCUUCCAUGAAGAGAAAUAUCUUUUUUUUUCUCACUUUUAAAAAACGGCAGCAUCUGAGAUAUACAGACACUCCAAAGAAUGUUUAAGUGACCAAAAUUAACACUACUGAAAGUUUUGUCUUUUCCUUUUUAUGACAUGAAACAUGUCAGGCUCUUUUUAAAGUCUUUUCUGUACAUGACAUGUAAUUAUUGUGUAUAUAGUUGUACAGUCAUUGACUUUUUUAUUUGAGCAAAAUAACAUAGAGUAAAUGUUUGAAAUCUUGAAUUAGGAUGCCAUACAAGUGCUUGACAUUGCCGAUGACGUGUUAUGUUAUUGGACUACGACUUUUAUAGAUGGUGUACAGACUAGCACUUUUUUCCUUAUUAAAGUAUAAAAUAGAAAACAAAGAAACAAAUAAAACAGAUGCUUUUUAACUUACAUGUGAUAGGCUACUGUUCUUAAACUGCAAUCAGGAGUACUUUGUAUAUUACUAAAGUAAUACAUAUUUAUUUUGUUUAUAUGUUUUUAAGUUAUUGAUGACAUAGUUUCUACACUUCCAAAUAUCAAAGAUUUUUCUUCAAAAGAGACUGAAACAUAAAAAAGAAAGUAGUCACAUUUGUUAGAAUAACACUGUUAUCUAUAAUAUUUCAAGUGAACAACUGGUCCCGUAUAAGUAGACUCUUCAGUUUCCUUUUUCUUAAUACAAAUGUGAGUCUAAAUAUAAUGACAUCAACUCUUGAGACAUUGUUUUGAUAAAUGUCAUAUGUAUGGAACACUGUAAGCAGAGUAAUGCAUUAAAAUGCCAUUGUUCAACACUGAAAGCUAAACAUCUGGAGGAAUGUCACCAAUAAAUUAUACGAAAGUAUAUAUUUUUGCCUUACUGCUUACACUCAAAAAAAAAAAAAAAGGAUUUUUGCAGAUUGUUCAGUUUACUUAAUUAAAAUAAA